AUGGUUGUAACGGUUGCGCUCCGUGACAGGCCAGGUAAGCCUGGACUUUUUUACGACCAAAGAGGCGAAGUUCUUUACAGCUUUUCCAAAGUGGGUGAUAGUGUUUGUAUUGGUCGGGACAAGCGCCAAUGUAAGAUUACGCUUGGAAUCAAUGCGCAGGGAGUAAGUCGGGUUCAUCUGAAACUCGAACUGCUACCAAACGGUCGCUUGCUUGCUCGAGAUACAAGUACUUAUGGUACUGGUUAUGAUGGCGGACCUUUUGUGAUAGAAAGAGAAAAAGAGCUGAAACCCUCUGUGGUUCUACAAGUUGGUAGUUCCUUCUUUAUUGUCGAGGAGAAGAACGUUAAGGAAACGUGUUUAGAAGAAACCCAUGCAAGCCUAUUUCUGAGGACUGGAAAAACUGAUUCGCGGAAGAGAUUGGCGUCAAACAAAGCAACAGUAGUAUUAGAGGAGGAAUGCGUUACCGAAAAGAGGAAAGUGAUGGAUAAUAUAAUGGAGAAAUUGGCUCCAAGGAUGAGUAAUUCAGAAAGCGAAGUUGCUAGGACCAUUGAAAUGCGGAAUGGACUUGUUGCUAAUACAAACUCGAUCUUGAAUAGAGAUGAACCUUGGAUACAAAUACAGGAUAGAAAGCUAGUUUCAAAACUGGGAAAAAAAGCGAAAGAGGAAAUGGAUAGUAUAAAACUUGCUUAUUAUCGAAGAAUUGCUGAUUUUCUACCUUCAGAUGAUGAUGAUAAUGAAGAAAGUGAGCGGAACAGAUCAGAAGUUUCCAUGCUCACCGUAGCUGAUUCCUUUCGAAAUGUGGACUCAACUAAAAAUGUCUCAUUGCAUUAUGAUUCAAGUAACAAAAAUAUUCGUGGUGUUGUUCAGGACAUAUAUUUCCCAACUGCAGACAUUCCAGUCUUCUCGAAAAAUGCUCAGCUAACAUCUUUCCUAUCAAAAAGUGUAAAUGAAUUGUCAAAUAUUAGAAAGAACUAUAUUCCGAUUUCUCAUAAUGGACAGCUCAACCUUUUGGAAUCUCAUAACGUAAACGAGAAAUUUUGUGAUUCAUCUAAAAAGGUACUGAAGGAGAAAGACCCAUCACCUCUAAAGGUUAAUAAAGAGGAGACUUUUGCUACUGAGUUAGCUUCCUGGCUUGGUAUGAAUACUGUGAGAAAGCGAAGCUGCCAGUUCAAUAACUUUUCUGAAAAAAAAAAUGAAAGCAGUACGGAUGAAGUGCUGGUAGCUACUAAACGAAUUAAGCUGGAAGUAAUAGAGGACGAUAACAAAAGAGAAAAACUGGAAAAAAAUGAAAGUACAUUCGGAACUAGAAUACAUUGUUAUGAAAAUGUUGGUGGAAAUGACCAAAUCUUCGAAAUGAAUAUGGAAGUAUUACAUAUGAAAUUGAAGAAAGCAGUGCAGUAUGAGAAUCUGGAUAGACCAAUUCUAGCGAAAGAUAAAUCACAGUCUUACUUAACCAGUCAUUGGCAAAGACUCAACUGCAAGCGUUUUAGAAAGGCUGCACAAGGAUCACAUGGCGGAUGUGGACUACCACACUCUGCGAUAACACGAAUUGUGGGUGUCGGUGACAUGAUCGAUUUCAGAGAAAUUACUUGA